AUGGUAGCGACCCUUCAGAGGCUCCGGCGGGUCUCGGAUCUCAGAUCUGAUCCAGAUCCGAACGCAGACGACGACUACAGGGAGAUCCAAGGCGUUCAAGACUCCUCCUUUUGUUCUUGCCUCGCUAGUGUUUUCGAGAAAACAAAGAACAAAAGUUGGAAGGAUGACGGAAUCUCUGACCUCCCAAGGGAUUUAAUAGGGGAGAUUUUCUCUAGGGUUCCAUUAACUUCUCUAAGAGCAGUGCGAUCUACUUGUAAAACGUGGAAAAUUUGUCCAAAAUUCAGGUUUUUAGGCCAAAAAGCAGCAAAGAGGAAUCAGUUUCUGGAGUUCGUGGUAGUAAAUCAAAGUGUUUGUUCACUGACAUUUGACUUGCAAGGAAUCCGCAAUGAUGACUACGUCUUGGCUCAUCCAUCUAUAAAGAAAAUAAACAUACCUAAUCAUCACGUGGAAAUAUAUGAAGUCUUUCAUUGCGACGGCUUGUUGUUAUGCGAACUCUACUACGACCCCACGAAGAUUUUGGUGUGGAACGUAUUUGGGCAAACCAGAUUGAUUCAAGCGAGAACAGACAACCAGAGCCGGAUAUGGAUUACGACUAAGAUUGAGCCUAAUGAGAUAUCUUGGAGCUCUUUUUUGAGGCUGGAUAUGAGACUAAUCAAAGAUUUACCAUAUAAUUUUAUGCCUUGUGUCCGUAGCUUUUUCAUUGACGAAGAAAAUAAAGUUGCUGUGUUUAUUAAUAAAUUUGCAAUCCGUCAGUUCCACUCGCUCACGUCAUUGGAAAAGAUGGAUACUUAA